UCGACCGCAAACCGCUGAGCAAGCGCCACUUUCCUCCGAUCGACUCCUGCGCACCUCAAUAGUAAUACACUAGUGAAGCCUACUGAAUAUUUUGUGAAGUGACAGUGAUGCAACUGUGUGCAUAUUAGUGAUCGAAAUGUUUUUAUUGAGGACUUUUUGCAGUGUUAAAAUGAAUGCUGUGCGGGUGUGGGUACUCGCGGCCACGCUACAGGCGCUCCUCCUGCCUGCCAGCUGUGGCAACCAUCGCCGCUCUAUGGCCGGCCAACAACAGGGUCUAGCAUCAAAAGGUGGCUGGCGACCAGUGGUAGGAUCUGGAGGUCUACUAUACGGGUCGUUCGGCACGGCUCCACUCCACGCCCAACAUUACAAAAUCCCCGUCCCAGUCAUCGACCAAUACCAGUACCAGUCUUCGACACGUCCUCUCGCGACUAAAGACGGGAACAAACUGACCUCCAUAGCACAGUCGUACCGCCCAACUACACUCAGGACGGUACCAGCAUCUGCUGGGCCAGCAAUCAACCAACCAAUCAACACAUACCACAACCCAUUCGCUUUCCAAAACGGUUUUUCAAACUACAAGUAUGUCCAGAACUAUCCAGUGGAAAGCGUUUUAGUGAGGAACCCUCAUAAUCCGUACAACUCACGGCCCAUUUACUCCAAAUACACGAGUAAGUUAAAUAAAAAUCACGCUCAGAACAUGAUGCUGCAGCAGCUCACAAACGUACAACCGAUACAGUUCGGACAGUACCAGACGAAUAAGCCUUUGGACUUGUUUGGGAAACCGAUUGAGAGUUACGCGAGGCCCACGGAAAAUAAGAAACAGCAGACGAGCGGUACAGAGAUCUACAAGCAGGAGUUGUAUAAGCUGCAAGACAGUGACACGGCACCCCAGUCAGUCAGUCAACAGCAAGUGAAGACAGCGCAACAGCAAGGCUUGGUCGGCAUACCAAACAUCGCCAAUCCUUAUCAACAGUAUUCGUUCCAGGAUUCUGUUUUCCCACCGAGUAUAUUAGGUUCGUUUGGCACAUUCGGAGUCCAAUCAGUGAAAGGAAGGGACCCCGUGUACCAGCUUCCGACGACGAAGACUACUUACUUGCCUCCCCAACCGACAAAGCAGACGAUAUUUAACUCGUUCAGCUACUCCCCCAACUACAAAACAACCGCAACGAUAUUCGAUUCAACAACGCCAAGAUUGCCGACAACUCCAAAUCAAAUUCACUAUGCGACCACAUACAGUGAUUUCAAGAUUACGCCCACACCGCAAACGAAGGUAUAUAUUCCACCCAAGAUUGAUCCAAAUGCAGGAGCCAAAGAUACGUUCAAACCAAGUCCUCAAGAUCCCUUCGCAAAGAACCACCAGAGUGACUUCAACAAAGUGUCUGUGACAACGUACAACCCGACAGUUCCGACGACGACGUUAGCUGACAGCUACUACGAUUACAAUUUCCCCGCUCACCAAAACCAGCAGGGCCAAAUCAGCCAUGAACCGCAAAACGUUAACUUUAGUUACGAGAAAAAGAAGCAUAAGAUACAUGACAGCGUCGCCGCAGGGGGCAACCAGCAACCAUCGAAACAGUACGUUAACGCUCCAUUGAAAUCUCAAGACUCACAAGAUGCACAGAAUACUCCUCACCGACAAACUUACGAAGUUACUGAAGCUACGGAGUCGGAUGUUCACUCCCAUUCAUCAACUGCACCCUGGACAUUGACCUCUCAAGUGUAUGACUACAACAACCAGAAAACUACUGAAGAGUCGGCGAAGCAGCAGGACUAUCCGGACACGUACCGCAGGCCCGAGCCUACACCCGUGCCAGACCUUCCCGAAGAGUUUGCCAUCGUAACCGAGGCAGAGAAUGGCCAUGACAACUCUUUGAGCUACGACAUGAAAGUCGAAUCUCAAAGCAGGCGGCCUCUAGGUGACGACUUCGUUGAACCUAUCGGCAAGCACAAGCUUAAAGACUAUUACUAUAAGGUGUCAACUCCUUCAUACGAUGACUACAGCACGUCAAGACGAACGAAAAAGCCGACUGAAACGGCCAAGUAUACUUCGACACAAGAGACGACUACUCAGUUCAACAAUAACAAGGAGAAUAACGGGGAUAUUCAGGUGGAAGCCCUUCCUACGUUGCCACCGAACAAGCACUUCAAGCGGCCGAACACGCCUGAGCGUAAAAGGAAUAAGGUUAGGAGGCGCCGUCCGCCGCUAGCUAACAUCAAUCGCACCAAGGAAGAGACUACCAGCACGUUAAGUACCCGCUCCUCCACAUACAUCUCCUCUACAGAGCCGACACCGACCACCGACUCCGACGAAGUUUACACGAUCAGACCUAGAGUGAGGCCUACCAAGUCCCAGCCGAACCUGACGACUCCGACCGUCACCACCGACUUGACCACCAGCGCGUUACCGACCGUCACUCCGACCAUACCUACUAUUGUUAAGAAGAAGCUGGCUCAUCGCCGACCAGUCACAACGCCUGCCGACAGACCAGAAACUACUACAGUAUUCACUAAAGAAGACUUAAACCAGGAAUCCCAGAUAAUGAAAAUAACAAAUCGUCCCCAUUUCCCGAAACUAAACGGUUAUGACUUCAAAAAUGAUUUCUCACAUAAACAAGACGAAAAAGACACUCCUACAAGUGAUGUCGCAGUAAGCUUGUCAGACACUUUGAAGACCACUGUGGCAUCUGAACAAGAAUUUUCAUUCCACAAAGAUGUGAAACCUAUUGAAGCUAAACUAGAACCAGUGAAGGCGUGGGAGACUACAACUGAAUUCUACAAGGAAGAGGGAACAGAUUACACGACCACUCCCCGAUUAGACGCCACAACUACAGGUCGCGCUCAACGACCAAGGUUGCGGAACAAGUACAACAGGACGAGAUUCAACGUCAAAGACUACAGAAACCGACUAAGUUCUACCACGAGCACUACAGAAAAACCUGCUGAAAACACACCCAAGAUACGAUUCCCUCAGAGACGAGUGCCUUACAACGAUAACAAUGACAGUGAGAACACAACUGAACGCAAACGCUUCACGCCUAAAGACCCGAGAUACAAGAACGGAAAUGGUGAGAACAGUGAAUCGACAGAGAAAGACAUACAUGUGAACAAACCUAAUAGGCAGAGGCAGACUACAGAAGCAGUAGAAGCAACUACGAUAAGAGUAUCGGCGAGGAUAAGGAACGGCCAACGUAGACCGAGACCAACCACCGAAGAACCUGAGACGACUACACCAACCGCAGUCCACAGCAAAAGACCACUGAGAAAGAAGAUCAAGGACUCAGAAAUAGGCGAAUCUGUACAAGACAUUUCAGUCACGGAAACUACAGUUUACGACAGAAACGAGAUUACAUCAGAAAGGACACGAUCUGAGAGUGCUAUCAUGAAAAUCGCUGACAAAAAGCAUCAGGACCACUUAGAACAUUUGUUUGAACAUUCGAAGAGAGUUUCAGAUCUAACUUUAGCAGCUAGCAAGGAUUACAAUAAGCCAGGAAUGUUUAAGACUAUUUCGUCGAGCAGUAGGCGAAUACCGAAUUACUUUACGAUAGCGACGGACGACCCUAUCUUACCUAUUGAAGCGUUUUUUCCGCAGUUGAACCAAAAGAAGGAAUCGUAACGUUCCUAACUUAAUGUUUAUUGUUUACAAACCAAAUCCUCUUCACUGCCAAAGCUUCUCUAUAGGUAUCUUGCAACUUGCACGAGUAAUAACAUUUUAGUACACAACGGUAGACUGUAAGAUUUUAUGACAUCAUUAUUUCUCAGUGAGAAUUCGGUAACAACUUUUGAGUGGAUUUAUUUUUUGUAUAAAUUCAUAGUUUUAUUGCAAUUAGCUGUUAAUGUUGAAAACUUUUCGAGCCUUUUUGAAACGCAUUUAGAGUUUUAGCUAAAAUUUGAUAUUUAUAGAUUUUAAAUAUCCAGAAAUGGUACCUUAAUCAAUGGAUUUUUUUACACAGUUAUUUUUUGCAAGAACUGAUACUAGAUAAGACUAUUUAUUUAUAUAAUUUCUGCAAUUAGUAUUGGUCGUCUAUAGUGCUCAUUUAGUUAAUAAGUGUUACAAUAAGUGAUAUGAUUGUUCAUACAUAAUAUCAACUGUAAUGUAGUAUUAUGUGUCUGUAUGUUUGUUUUACGUUUAUAUUCGAAAUUGUUAAGCAUUUAUUGUAAAAUUAAUUAUCUAAAUGCAAUUUGUUAGUAGGUAUAUUUGAAUAUGGAAGUAAAUAUGUGUAACAGAGUGAUGAAUGAACGUUAAUAUUAAAAGGAUGAAAU